UUAUGGCCGAACCUCGACAGACCUCACUUCAAGCCCCCGACUCUCUCCGUACCACAGCCGAAACCCCAAGCAGUGGAGUCACUGCCAUUUCCUCGCCCUCCUCGCUCGACAAUCCCGACCAUCCGUCUACUGCCGCUCCAAGCCAGCCCGUCGUCACACCUCGUCGCUCGAAACGUAGCCUGCGCCCACGUGCCCGUGCCGGAAGCAACGCAAGCAGCAAACGAUCUCACCGUGCCCGCAAUUCAAUGAGUGAAAAGCCUACCCGCCCGCUCUCCGGAGCCACCACUCAGUCUAAUGCUGCCCGUCCGAANAAGAAAUCGAAGUUCCUGUCGUUCUUGAACUGCUGUGGCUCCUCGGACGAUGCUCAAGACGGUCAGGAUGUGCCAUCUCGCCAGUCGGUGCCUGCGCAACCCUCUCAGGUUGACCAGCAACCGUCAAUGAACUCCAACCCGACAAUGCAAUCAGUGGAUACUAUCGAUGAGAAGCCGGCUACUACCCCCUACCUUGCCGAACCAAGCGGCACCUCAGCUAACGUGGAGAGCGAGAAGACGUCCUCGGCUGCCCAAAGUCAGCCCGAGCCCAGAUCCGAAGGUGUUUCUGCACCUCAAAUAGCGACCGGAUUGCCUUUCACUGGACCGGCACAUGGACAAGACCCGCAAACACAAGUCUCUUCGGACGCACCCUAUCUCACUCAACCUGAUGUCGUUGUUCAAGCACCUACCCCUAUUGCGACGACUGCAGACGAAGAUCUCGUGAUUGCCGACCGAACCCCGGAACAACAGGCCAGAGACACGGACAUUGAAAUGACUGAUGUCGGCCCUUCGCUACCUCUCUCGGCUAACGAUGUAGCUGGCACAUCUGAGGAUGAAAGCCAUGUUGCUGCUCGCCGUGAGUCUGGCUCGCGUGUCGAUCUGCCUCCUCCUCCACCUUUGGUGGAGCGUCAGGCACAGGUGGCACACCCCAACACGGCCAGCCACGACACAUCGUUGGUACCUAGUCCUGAGCCCCAGAAGUGGUUGUUGCCAUCUGUCAGGCCUGAACACAAGGGCAGGAAAUGCUUAAUUCUGGAUCUGGACGAGACCCUUGUUCACAGCAGUUUCAAGGUUGGUUAUAGACUUGAAAACUACAGACGUUCAAACGCUGAUCAUGUGCAAAACAGAUUNUUACACCAGGCGGACUUUACUAUCCCUGUGGAAAUAGAAGGGACAUACCAUAAUGUCUAUGUUAUCAAAAGACCAGGGGUCGACGCAUUCAUGAAGAGGGUGGGAGAGCUGUACGAGGUCGUUGUGUUCACGGCUUCGUAUGGAGAUCCGCUUCUGGACCAACUAGACAUCCAUGGCGUGGUGCAUCACAGAUUGUUCCGCGAGAGCUGCUACAACCACCAAGGCAACUACGUCAAGGAUCUCUCGCAAGUUGGUCGCGAUCUUAAGGAGACAAUCAUCAUUGACAACUCACCUACCUCGUACAUUUUCCAUCCUCAGCACGCUGUGCCCAUCAGCAGUUGGUUCUCGGACGCCCAUGACAACGAACUUCUGGACCUCAUUCCGGUGCUGGAAGACCUUGCAGGACCACAAGUAAGUGAUGUCAGCCUAGUGCUCGACGUGGCACUG